AUGUUGGAGAUGGUUCCUUAUCUGCCACGCUUCAGCUACAGUCAGAUACUUAACGCACGCAAAGGUACCGGGUACAGCUCCGAGAAACGAUCUUCGCUUUUUGCUGGUCCAGCACACCAGGCCUCAAUCUACACACUAUGCUUUCAAGAGGAGCAAGAGGGUCAUAGCGUGGCCGCGCAGGACCCUCUCAAUAGCGAGGAGGCAGAUAGGGUGGAGGGGGAGAAGGAGGCCAGCAGCAGUGAGAAGAAGGGCGGGGGGGCUGCGCCGGCGCAUCGCGGCAGAUGUGGAAGUCCUGCUGUCAUGGGUGGUGGCGAUUCCUGGGGCGCCAUUUCCUAG